UGUUUCAUCAAUCAUGAAUAUAAAAAAACCCUGAUCUUGAGAACUUUUUCGCGUCAUAUAGAUAAUGAGACCAUGACCACGUUUAAAACUCAAAAUAAAUCGAAUAAGAGUCAACUGUACUGCGUUGUACUGUGGUGAAUUAAAUGUUUACAAUUUGUUUAAACGUUUUAUUGCUUAAUAGGGGAUCAAUUAAAAAUAAUAAUGUAGUGAUUAUCUAACAUGCACGCUUCUAAAAAAGACGGUACAACGGCACAAAAUAAAGUGAAGAUGCAAGUUCUCCAACCGAGUUUAAAAAUAUGGGAUUAUAUAAUUGUUAUUUUGGUAUUAGUGAUUUCAUCAAGCAUUGGAGUUUAUUAUAGAUUUACCGGUGGGAAGCAGAAAACUGUAAAGGAAUAUCUCCAUGCCGACAAAAAUAUGUCCAUCUACCCAGUAGCAAUAUCUCUUAUGGCCUCAUUUCUAUCCUCCAUAACUAUAAUCGGAGUUUCCAGCGAAAACUAUGCCUACGGAUUUCAGUUUAUCCUCAUUUAUUUGGGUCAUCUGAUCUUCACUCCUAUAGCAGCAUAUCUUUACUUACCAGUAUUUUUUAAACUACAAGCAACCAGUGCUUAUGAGUACUUAGAGCUCCGCUUCGGAAAAAUUGCAAGAUUGGCAACAUCACUCUCUUACACUUUACAAAUGACAUUAUAUACCGGAGUUGUAAUAUAUGCUCCCGCAUUAGCUUUAGAAGCUUUAACUGGUAUUAAUAGGGUUACGGCAGUAUUAUCUGUAGGUUUAGUUUGUACAUUUUACUCAACACUAGGUGGUAUGAAGGCUGUGCUAAUGACUGAUGUCUUCCAAGCAAUACUCAUGUUUUUAGGAGUAUUUAGUAUAAUUGGAUCAGCUGUAGUAACGCAAGGAGGAUUUGCAAAUAUUUGGCGAAUCGCCCAAGAAGGAAAUAGGACUAAUAUCUGGAAUUUUGAUCCUGAUCCAACAAUUCGCCACUCAUGGCUCUCUUUAAUAUUAGGAGGUGGAAUCCUUUACCUUUCCCUCUAUGGUGUAAACCAAACCCAAAUUCAACGAUAUCUAACGGUUAGGGAUCUGGAUAGAGCCCAAAAAGCUCUCUGGUUAAACUGGCCAAUAUUUUGUUCUCUUGGAGUCGCUACUUCCUUUACUGGUCUUGCAAUAUAUUCAAAAUAUCAUGCUUGCGAUCCUGUUAAGGCUGGUUUUAUUACAAGUAUGGACCAACUUAUGCCAUACUAUGUGGUUGAUACUAUGGGUCAUAUUCCAGGAUUGUCUGGCCUAUUUGUAGCAGGAAUCUUUAGUGCUUCUUUAUCUACUAUAUCGGCAUCUUUGAACAGUGUUGCAGCUGUAACUAUGGAAGAUUAUUAUAAACCAUUAAACAAGUAUCUAGGUAAAGCGGAAUUAACUCAGCAAAGCGCAGCGACUCUAACGAAGUUUAUAGCUCUAGUAUAUGGAAUUGUCUGUCUAGGGGUGGCAUUUUUAGUACAAUAUUUAGGUGCUAUUUUAAGAGCCUCUUUGACGAUAUUUGGAGCAGUAGGUGGCCCGAUUUUAGGACUGUUUUCCUUAGGAAUGUUUACUUUUGUUGCUAAUGAACAGGGUUCUCUAGCAGGUCUCUUAGCAGGAAUGUUCGUCUCGAUGUGGUUAGCAUUUGCGCCAAAACCACCCCUAAAACCCUUACCUACCACAGUAGAUGAAUGCUAUGGGAAAAAUAUUAGUACAUUUAGUACAAGAAACUCGAUAGGCUUAGCUGGAACCAAUGUACUUAAUGAAAGCGAUUUUCCAUGGCUCUACAGAGUAUCGUAUCUCUACAAUGGCGUUAUAGGCCUUGCUGUUACAUUUACGAUAGGCUACAUUACCAGUUUCAUAAUAAGAAAAAUUUCAGGACGGAAAAUUGAAGAUGAAGAUUAUAAUCCGAAUCUUUUUGUACCUUGCUUAUCAAGAAAAUUGUUAGAAAAUAAAAGGGAAAAUAAAGUAUUUAAAUUAAUUAAAAGAAGUGAUUCGCAUGAAGAUAUGAGAAUUGUUUAGAAAAAUAUAUAGUAACUGAUUAGAUAAGAAGAAAAAAUCGUUAAAAAGGUUCCUUUAAAAAUAUUAUAUGAAAAGUUGUAAGUACUUAAUUAGAAAUCUCAUAUUUUUAAUAGUCAAGUUCUUUUUCUAAUCUGCCUUAAACUCGUUUGAUGUAAUUAUGCAUAUCUGACAAUAAUUUUUGUAGCAAAUUGAAGUCUAAUUGUAUGAUUAUUUUUUUAAUAUAUACCGUCAAUAU